GCGCCCUGCCGCCGCUGCGCCCUGGUCUCCAGCUCGGGGCAGAUGCUGGGCUCGCGCCUGGGCAAGGCCAUCGACGGCGAGGAGUGCGUGCUGCGCAUGAACCACGCGCCCACGCGCGGCUAUGAGGAGGAUGUGGGCGCCCGCAGCACUCUGCGCGUGGUGUCGCACACCAGCGUGCCGCUGCUGCUCAGGAACCAGCCCUACUUCUUCGAGCAGUCCCAGGACACUGUCUACGUGGUCUGGGGGCCGCCCAAGAAGAUGAGCCGGGAGCAGGGGGGCCUGACCUACCGGGCGCUGCUCGAGGUGAUGGAGAAGUAUCCCGACCUGCAGAUCUACACGCUCACCGAGCAGAAGAUGGCCUAUUGCGACGACGUCUUCCAGAAUGAGACCGGCAAGAACAGGAUGAAAUCCGGCUCCUUCCUGAGCACGGGCUGGUUCACCAUGAUCCUGGCCAUGGAGCUGUGCGAGCAGAUCCUGGUCUUCGGCAUGGUCAGCGACCAUUACUGCAGCAGGGAGAAGAACCCCCCGAGCGUGCCUUACCACUACUUUGAGAAGGGCCGGCUGGACGAGUGCAAGACCUACCUGGCCCACGAGCGAGCGCCGCGCGCCGGGCACCGCUUCAUCACCGAGAAAGCCGUCUUCUCCCGCUGGGCCAAGAGGAGGAACAUCGUCUUCACCCAUCCCUCCUGGGCAGGCGGGUAGAGCCCGGCGCGAGCUCCGGGCGCCGUGUCGGGAGCCCCGAGCCAGCAGUAGGACCCAUCGCACCGGCUUCCCGCCUGCUGCUGUUCUCUCGGCUCUGGCAGYGCCAGGUUUUCAAGCCUUUUCCCAUACUCUGGAGCAGGGAUUUUUGGCCGUAGCCGCCGCGGGUCGGUGUGGACGGGCUGGGAGUGGUGCCCCGUGCAGCCACUGGCUCCCGGUAUCUUCCCUCACAUCUGGCCGGGCUGGCUCGGCCCCAGGGCGCUCGCGGAGGCUUUUCCACCCUUAAUGCUAGCAUGAAUAUUUAAUACGGGAUUAAACAUUUACGCCAUUGGGCUCACAGGGCAGGAAGGGUGGACGUCCCCCUGGGACAUAAACCAGUGCCUCUUCCAGGGAUGAAAUUUCAGUGCCGAUCGUGCCUGGAGCACCAUGACGAGCGGAGAUCCAAGGCCAGGCCCAUCGGAGGUGGCCUUUCUCUGUCUUGGCCUCCUUGGGCCCAUCCUGGCACC